AUGCAGCUCCAAACCCAAUCCUUCGCUCUCAAUCUCCUCCCAUCUCCCAAUUUCGGUAAACCCACUGAGAAACGCGAAUUCGUCCCUCUAAAACGAGACCCAUCCCGUCCAAUUUCCCUCCGAUGUUCCGUUUCCACGGCUUCGGACACGCCGCUGACGGCGACCAAUCACCAUCACCUCUCCGCUUCGAGUCACAAACCCUUUCCGGCGGAGGUUUCGAGGAGCAUCAUGGAGCUCUCCUCCGUCGGAACUCUCUCCACUUUGACCCACGACGGCUGGCCUCUCGGCGUCGGAGUUCGCUUCGCCGUUGACCAGGAAGGCACUCCUGUUCUCUGCCUCAAUCGCACAUUCUCCCCUGACAAGAGGUCUGCUCUUCAUGUUCAGUUAGAGCAAUGUGGAUUGAGGACUCCUCAGUGUACGAUACAAGGUAGCAUUGCUCGACCAGGAGACGAUAUUGCUCUAAAGCGUCUUAGUGCUGCAUGGAAGAAAAAGUAUGGAGAAGAAGUUGAGGAAGACAGUCUAUACGUAGUUGCAGUUGACCGUGUACUCCAAAUGGAAGACUUCAUGGAGGACGGAAUCUGGGUGGCGUCAUCGGAUUAUAAAAGUGCAGCUCCUGAUCCACUUAGAAAUGUUGCAGAAGACAUUGUCAACCAGAUCAACGCUAACAACAUGGAAGACAUUUUCCGUUUCUGCAACGUAUACGUCGAUCUAGACUUUGUGGUUUCAGAGACAAAGAUGAUAUGGAUGGAUAGGCUUGGAUUCGACCUUAGAGUUUGGUCUCCGAGAGGUGUGUUUGAUGUGAGGAUUCCGUUUCCGAUGGAAGUAACAGAUGAGAAGGGAGCAAAAUCAUCUUUUAAUGGAAUGUCACAGCUCGCUUGGGAAGUAGAGAAAAGCUAUUGCCCUGCAGAUUUCGAAAAGGUUAAACAACUUAAGCAAGUUGUGGGAUCAUCAUCAUCAUCACACAAUGGAAGACAAUAA